AUGCCUCAUUCAACGGAUGUGUCAACGCUCGCAGCGACGAUUACUCUGCUCGACGAAAAACUAGUCGACGCGGACGCCGACACGCCAGCGCGGUUCCUGCACGAGCAGGGCAUCACCUCGGAGACUCUUCCUUACUGGCUCGUCAACGUACCCCGGUCGCAAUGGACCGCCGAGUGUCCUGCCUUUCUACGCGACCAACCACCCAAGAACGUGCAUUGCCUGGCUACUCCCGAUAGUCAUUACAAGCGACAAACUUGGGAGCAAGUCCAGGAGAUAAUCAGAACGAACCGAAUCGAUCGAUUCCAACGGGUCCCGAGCGAGCUGCGGAAGUACCUGGAAUACAUGGCCCAGAUCAAAUCCGAAUACGGAUCGGUCAUGCGGUUUGUGGUUAGGGAGAGAUUGUGCUGGGGGGAUGGGAUACAUCCCGAGGACCUUCGACCUCGAGGCGGUCCCUUUGAGUUUGCUGAGGACAUUCGGAUUCUGUACAAUGACUGGCCGUACGGGAUCGAUACGGAUAUCAUCCACCUGGUUGUCUGGACCAAAUUCGAGCUUCCCGAUGACCCCACCACGGGCGAUCUGACAGCAGAGGCGCGAGAGGCGAUCGAGCGAUACGUGCAGACCACGUUUUGUUCGCGCGUGGCGCCUGAGCAGGUCGUCUGGUUCAGGAACUGGAAGUCGCUCAAGUCCGUCCACGCCGUCGAACACUUCCACGUCAUGCUCCAUCAACCGGAUAUGGCAUUUGUGCAGGAGAUCACGCAUGGCGAUGUACCGCUGAUCGAUCGGGCCAAAGGGGGACUACGAGUUGACACCUCUCUCCUCCUCUACCAGCAGUUCGGCGCAAGACAAGCUUGGACAAGUCUUGGACCAGUCUUGGACCAAAUCGACCAAGUGGACCAGCCUGCAGGUAUCUGCCUACAACAAUAUCCCCCAACCUGUCCACAGUGUGCAGGUGUUGACCCCAUCGAGGUCUUCCCCCACUCUGCCAAGGCCAACCCCCUCCUGGUGACGAUCCUGAAGGAUUGGAAACCUUGA